AUGAGCGGGAACCCCGACGUGCUGGAAUACUACAGGAACAACCACUCCAAGAAGCCCAUCCGCAUCAUUGACCUCAAUGAGUGCGAAGUGCUGAAGCACUCGGGGCCCAACUUCAUCAAGAAGGAAUUUCAGAACAACUUUGUCUUCAUUGUGAGGACCACCUACCGCACCUUCUACCUGGUAGCCAAGACUGAGGAGGAGAUGCAGAUCUGGGUGCACAAUAUCAGCCAGAUCUGUAACUUUGGACAUCUAGAAGAUGGCACAGGUUCCGUGGAGAGCCUGUCCCACACCACCUCGUCCCCGCAGCCAUCACCAGCCGCCUCCACCCACACCUCCCGCAUCGCCGACCCCUCCUUCUCCGUCGACACCGCUGCUGCCGACGCGUCCGCCACGGAGGAGACCCCCAGCGAGUCAGGGUCAGUCUUCCUCCCCGACUACCUCUUCCUCUCCAACUGCGAGUCGGGCAAGCUCAGCCACAACAGGUGUGACAGCUGGUCAAAUUCAGACAGAUCUCUGGAGCAAACUUCAUCAGACGAUGUUUUUGUUGACUCCUUGCAAUCCCAACCCUCCUUGUACCUUGUACAGCCAACCAGUGCUGGCACUGUGCACCAGGACGGGGCCCCACUGGCAAAUCCCAGCACCAUGUCCAGGAACAUAGACAUUAGUGGGCCAUCCAGUGACUUUUCCUCCUCUUCUCCCCUGCUGGGGACACCGCUGACACCAACCUUUCAGAUCGACAAGAGCCAAAACGCGCUGCCCUACGGUGUAACCCAGCUGGACAUCCUGUCCAACACGCCUCCACCACGGCCCCCCAAACCAACCCACUUCUCGGACAGGAGAGGGGAGGAGGUGGGCGGCGGGGCCCUCCAGAACGGGCACGCAGGGAUCGGCAGGGCUCAGGUCGCUCUGGUGCCCAGGAGGAUCUCCCUGUCCAGCUUAGACAACAUGAGGAACUGGAAAGCAGACAUGGAAGGCAGUUCCUUAAGAAGUCGAGAUAAGAGGCUUAGCUUGAAUUUGCCCUGCCGGUUCUCCCCGCUCUACUCUUCGGCCUCGGACGGCGUGGAGGACAGCUACGUGCCCAUGCGCCCCAGCACCUCUCCCUCCGCGCCCGGCUCCGACUGUUCCCCCGACGGCUACAUCCCCAUGAGCCCUGGCUCGGCCACCUUUACCUUCCCUGUCGUCAGCACUGAAAAACUCACCAGCCCGUUACCUGAGCUGCCCUCGGACGUGGAGCCCCCUCCAGUGAACCGAGACCUCAAGCCUCGUAGGAAACCACGGCCACCUCCUCUGGACUUGAGGAACCUCUCCACAAUCCGGGAGCAUGCUGCCGUGACCAGGAUGUGGACUGUGCCUUACAAUCGAAUGAGCUUUAUCUCACCAGAAAGAGACGGUAUUAAUUCAGCAAGAAUAUUUGCCAAUUCAGUUUCCGGAGAAGAGGAAGAAAGUUACAUUCAUAUGGAACACAGACAGGCAACAUCUCCAUACAGUGGUGCUUUUCCAUGGACAAGGAAAUCUAACCUUGAUUACUUAGCACUGGAUUUUAAUUCUGCUUCCCCAUCCCCUGUGCAGAAGAAACCUUUUCUGUCUGAGGAACAGAGGGUGGACUAUGUCCAGGUAGAUGAACAGAAAACUCAAGCUUUACAGAACACUAAGCAGGAAUGGACAGAUGAAAGACAAUCAAAAGUCUAAAGGAAGAAGAUUUGGGAUCUGGAAGAUUUUAUUUUUUUUGCACUGGAACCACAAUGUUAAUGAAGCCGCUAUCACAGUAGAGUUCAAAGGCAGAGAGAGUUGUAAGAUACAAUCUGUAGAGGCAUUUUUACUGGAAACCUUUGAUUUCAGCUGGAAAUAGUAUGUUGAGUGAGUGAGUGGUUCACUGAUGAUUAAAGUAAUGCAUUACUCUUUCUACUGCCCUUACCACUAAGCUACAUGGUACCAUUUUCUGGCAUGAUUCUGCGACGAGUCAUACACUUAACGUUAACAAAUCCACUACAAGUUGCAUUAAUCUAGUUCGUCCUGCCUUCUCCCUCAGUUGCAUAAUUCCUAGUUGCUAAAGCUAUUUUUUAAUAUUCCUACAAAUACUGCAGGUGCUUGGAGUGCUUUUAUGGCAGCAGGCAUCUGACAGGUAUUGGUGACUAAUCAACUAAGGGCUAAAAUACUGAAACAAUAAAAAGAACUUUUUGAAUAUA